AUGAAAUUCUCAGACAUUCUUUUUUCUACUUCAGCUGUGAUGAUGGUCAAUGCGUUACCAUCAAACAUUCUUUUCCCCAAACGUCAAGUCCUCGAAGAUUACAAUAUAAUUUCCGUCCAAGGGUCCUCCUCCACCUCCACUCUCUCCGCCGUCCCAACUUCUUCUUUAAACUCUACCUCACAGUACAAUCUAAACAACUCUACUGCAACUCUUAACUCCACGCUUCUCCAGAAUUCAACAACAACAACCCUUGCGCCUUACACAAACGCAACUGUAGUCGUUACAGAGUUCGGCACUCCUGUUACAAAAACAGUUUUGUCUAUAGUCACACAGGUCGUCAUUGUAGACUCUGACGGGAACGUCAUCACAGGAGAGUAUAAUGAUGCCGGCGCAAAUGAAAAUUCAGUUGCAGCAAGUGUGUCGUCGGGAGCUGGCUCCCAAGUGGUUACCGUGAGUGUGGAUGCGGCUUCAGCAGCUGCAACUUCAAGCUCUGACAGCAGUUCAAGUAGUAGCACUAGUGUUUCGGCUGGUUCCGAUACAAGCAGUUCUAAUGGUUCUUCUGAUUCCAGUGGUUCCAACAGUUCUUCUGGGUCAAGUUCUACAAGUAAUUCUUCUGGAUCUUCUGAUUCUUCCUCAAACUCUUUGGGAUCUUCUGAUUCUUUGUCCUCUUCUUCUUCCAGUUCUUCCGAUUCUUCUUCUUCUUCGUCUAACACUUCCUCCGGCACAUCUUCCUCUUCUUCUGGUUCUGGUUCAGGUUCUUCUGAAACUUCAGCAAACACCUCUUCCUCUUCUUCCAGUGCUUCUUCUGAUUCAUCUUCUACAAACAAUGAAUCUUCUGGCUCUUCUGGAUCUUCAAGCAACACCGGCUCUUCCUCUUCUCCGUUGGCUACUCUUUCUGCAAAUCUCCAAUUAGUGCCUGUGUCCAGCUCUACUUCUACUUCAUCCUCUGACGAAUCGACCAAGUCUUCUGUCAUUGAGUCUACUAUUUCUUCUUCUUCUUCUUCUUCCUCUGGCUCCAAUGCCAUUGAGUCAUUCUCUUCAUCUGGUUCUAACACUAUUCUUUCUUCCUCUGGUUCUAACACCAUCGAGUCUUCUUCCUCUUCUUCUACUUCCACCUCUGUUUCCUCUUUUUCAAGCGAUUCUCCAUUUUUUGUAGCUGUCACUACCAUUCUCCCAGGUUCUGCUACUAUCCCCACAUCCUCUCCAGCCUCUCCUUCUUCUCCUUCAUCUUCUUCAUCUACUUCCCCCUCUCUUGCCUCAAAUGCUGACUCAGCUGCAGAAAUCACCUCCAAAAUUAGUGGUCUUGUUUCUUCCUCAUCUUCUUCCAUCAUCACACACAGCGCCUACUUAAAUGCCACCGUGACCACUGCUGCCUCAACUGCCUCAACUAUCUCUUCUAACUCUACAGUUUUGGCCCACAGUAUUUCUUCAUCUACUGCCACUGCUCUCUCAACCUCCACAUUUUCCACCCUGAACGCAACUAUGGAAUUCGCCCUUAAACACACACAUUCUGCUUCUGCUACUUCUGCUACUUCUGCUGCUACAACUACGGCCCCUGCAUCGUCUACUGCUGCUCCAAGCCUUUCUAAGCUUGUUGAGACAUCAAAGACUAAUGUAAGCACUGUGUCUUCUUCUGCUACUGAUGAAAGUAGUAGCUUUUCUGCAGUCACUUUGUCCCUUGGAAGCAUUGUGGCUGCCAACUUUUCAACUGAAAUUUCUGGAUCUGCUGAUAAAUCAACUGCUUCAAUCUCAUCUGUUGAGUAUUCUACUUCUUUGUCAGAUGCAUCUGUAACUGAAUCUGCUGUUGCUUCUGCUAUUGAGUCUUCAGUUGAGUCUACUAUUGCUUCAUCUGUUAGCUCUUCAGCGGAAGUUCCCACAGAGUCCUCCUACAUUUCUUCUUCAGAAAGUUCCAGUGCUGCUCCAAUUGUGUCUUCAGUUGAAUCUUCAGUUGACCCUACUACAGAAUCCAGUGUUAUUUCUGAGUCUACUGCUAUUUCUUCCUCAUCUACUGAUUUAUCCUCAUUUUUUUCUGUGGAAUCUUCUGUUGAAUCUGAUCCCAUUUCCUCCACUUCAGUUUCAUCAUCUUCAUCUUCUUCUUCCUUUUCUGCCACAACCAUUGAUUCCUUGGAAUCUUUUACAGAUGCUGCCUCUGUCAAUGUUGCCAACAAACAAAACGAAAUCACUAUUGUUGCUACUGAUAGUUCUUCAGCCUCCUCCUCCUCCUCCUCCUCCUCUUCUUCUUCUGAGUGGAUUGUAUCGGCUGCUACUCUUUCGGUUAAUGCCGUUGAACCAUCAGCCGCACAACCAUCCAGCAGCACUGCAGACCCUCAAAGCUCCACAGGUGCGGCAUCAACAGCUGCUGAUAGUGCGGCAGACGUUGUGGUGGCCUUGGGUGCCGGGGCAACAGACGCAGCGGGACAGGUUAUAAAUACUGUACAACAGCAAACGUCCGUUAGUGUACAGACUGUCAACUUUGAUCCCACAACAACUAGCUCAUCCUCCUCUUCAGCGGUUGUUGUUGUGGUCGAGACUCCAGUUCAGGAAGCUCAAACUUCAACCUCGUCAACUUGGGUCCCUGAAGCCGUGCCUACCACUUCAUCUACCACUUAUACUCCUGAGGCUGUUCCUACGACUUCUUCUACUUCUACCCCUGAAGCUGUGCCUACAACUUCUUCUACUUCUACACCUGAUGCCGUGCCUACAACUUCAACAACAUCUACACCUGAUGCCGUGCCAACAACUUCUUCCCAAGUCAUUGCCACGACCUCGUCCACAGCUGCUGCCGCGUCCACGACCACCUCAACAUCUUCUGACGGCUGGACCGAUUACGACUACCCUGGAGAUGAUGGGUUGUUCAAGUUUACACCUCGGUCGCUGAGUUACACGCCAUUCAACAAUGAUACGUCUUGUCGUAGCACUUCCGAGAUUGCGCAGGACCUUGCAGAUCUCUACAACAAGGGGAUUCGAGAAUUGCGUCUGUACGGUGCAGACUGUGACGCAAUUAACACCAUUCUGUCACCGGCAAAGGCCCAGGGCCUUACAGUCAUUAUGGGAUUCUACGUAACUAGCGCAGGCGUCGACGUGGUCGAUAGCGAAGUUGAGUCUUUUAUUUCGUGGGCUCAAAGUUCCGGAGACAUUGAUGUGGUUACGGCCGUGGCUAUUGGAAACGAGGCAGUGACAAAUGGCUGGGUGACUGCAGAUGAUCUUGCAAGCAAGAUGGAAAGUGUGCGGUCAAAACUGCAAUCUGAGAUUGGAUUCACAGGCCCCGUCAUCACGUCGGAGAUUGUGGGGAUUUACCAGAGCUACCCACAGCUGUGCACGUCGAGUGCAGCAGAUUACGUGGGUGUCAAUAUUCACCCGUACUUUGAUUCGGGUAUUGCUGCUGACCAGUCGGGUGACUUUAUGCUGGCACAGGUACAGCUGGUCAAGGACGCAUGCGGACGCUCGGAUGUCAAGGUUCUGGAAACUGGGUACCCACACGACGGUAACACAAAUGGAUUGCAGGUGCCGUCGGAUGUGAAUCAAGGUAUAGCAGUGACUCAGAUUUAUAAUGCGCUACAGGGCGAUGUUUAUAUGUUUUCAAUGUGGGAUGAUCAUUGGAAAGACGCGGGCAAUUAUAACGUCGAGUGGUACUUUGGAUUGUUUUACCGGUUCCCAUAA